AUGUCUUCCAGUUCAGACUCAUCAGCCGGUGGUGAACCACCAAUGACGACAACCUCAUCACUCGAACUUCCUGGUGCCACUUCAUUCGACACUUACCUUUGCGGGGCAUCACUCAGCUCUGCGGGCUUCCCACCUGUAGGCGGACGCACAAUUAAUACUGUCAAGGGCCUUUUGAGGGCAGAGCUUGAUGGCCAUGUCAUUGAUGAGUCUGGCCUUGCCCAGAUGAAGUUUGCCGACUCCAUUUUCCGUGCGCUCAUCCCCGUAUCGACCUUCCAAAAUCAUCACGUCGAAAAGAUCAGGUACCACAAGAAGGACGGCGCAUCUGUAUACAUACAAAACAAGUGGAAUUACAGCCGCAGGAAAAAGAGCAAGGGUUCAGGGAGGGAUGCCACCGAUACAGACAUCGUUGACUCGGAUGAUUUGCGUGCAGAACUUGAGGCCUUGGAUUCUCAUGGUUCAACAAUCUUCUCCCAAGGGACCGACGGCGGGAGUGACGAUGAAUUCAAUGGCAGUGUAAAGGCAGGAUCAAAGAGGAAACGGAAAAAGAGUUCGACUGAGAGGGACUUACAGUACCUGUUCCAUGCUGUUCAGUGGGCCCUGUGUAAUCGAACUGGAUACGCGAAGAAACUUCCCUAUGAAAUUUCGCCCAUCGAGCGGUACUGGUCUGCCGAGUUUGCCAACUCACCCAUACCAGACCUAUACAACACGCAGAAGCCCGAUGUCGCCCUGUUCUAUUACAUGAACAAACGUGAGGAAAAGAGAUGGGUUGAUGUCUUGAGCUUCGUGGAACACACCUCCAGCAAUUUUGUUGCAUCUCCUGAUUUAUCAGUGUAUUGUGGAUCUACCACCAAGGCGUACCUCAUCAUGCGAGAACAACCGUGGCGUCGCUUCGUUCUCGCCUACUCCAUUUGUGCAGAAAAACUUCGCGCCCAUUAUUUUGACCGCUCAGGCCUCAUCAUAUCCCUUCCGACCCCCAUCCAUACACACCCGAUACGUGUCCUCGAGGCAAUAGCCACAACCGCGAUAGCAGAUCCGAUGUACUUUGGCCUCGACCCCACCAUCCAUAUGUGCAUCGUUGCUUGCAAGGGUACUCACCCCUCUCUGGCCGAGGGGGCGCAAGGAUGGGUUGUCAAUAAUAGUGGUAAAACAUACUCGAUCAUGGAUGUGUUAUGGAAGAGUCAGGGUUUCUUCUGUCGCGGAACGGUUUGUUAUCGCGUCAGAGAUCCUACUGAUGGGAAGGAUUAUGCGAUGAAGGACUGUUGGGUACCUGCGGCAAAGCGAUAUCAUGAAGCGACCGUUCUCGAGCGAGUCAAGGGCAUCCCUAAUGUUGUUCGACUCGUGGAUCAUUGGGAUGUCAUGUUUGACGGGAAGCCCGACUGUACAGCACAAAUUCGUGAUCGCUAUCAGCGGUUUGACCCAGACGAUAGAGAGUUCAGCUCUAGGAAGGAGCUGGUAUGCGCUUUUCGUGACUUUGUCAUUGCUCAUGGACUCAUGGUCGAACGUGGAGUUCUACACGGGGACCUCAGCCCAAACAAUUUUAUCCUUCACGAGGGUAUCGGGUACUUCAUCGAUUUCGAUCAUGCCGGAUUUUUAGAGGAAGGCAAGACGUCUACAAUUUCAUUUGGAACUGGGACUAUCCCAUACAUCUCCAUGCGCGUCCUGAAGAUGAUGUCGAGGAAUGCCGAGACCAUCAAAAAGACACCUGACCCUACUCAGCUGCACUUAAUCGAACACCACGCAUGCGAUGACCUCGAGUCGAUGUUCUAUAUUUUUUUCGAAUUUGUUACGAAGUAUGGGGGGGCACACGGUAAAGUCUCACCGACAUGGAAUAAGCAGGCGAUGCCAUGGUCGGAGGCCUAUGAAAACUUAGGUGCCGCCAGUGGUUUGCUUACCACCUUCUUAUCGAAGAAGGGGGCCAUAUCCUGUGGCGACUUUCUAAUGGACAGAGUCUCCGAUUAUUUUUCGGAAUUCAAACCCCUAGUCAAUGAAUGGCGCAAUCAUAUCCACCUCACAGACCUCGAUUCCAGUAAAUCAAUCAUUCACGAUCACAUACUCCAGAUGCUUGUAACGUUCAUCACGAAACUCGAGGAGGAAAUACCCAUCCCCAUCCCCAUCCCAAUCCCGCUGCCCAGUCCUCCUCCUCAGUCUCCUACUCUUCAGCCCACCGCAGGUCCUUCAACCCUUCCACGUAGUGGCGCAAUAUGGUUUUCGACUAGUCAGCCAGGCUCACGUCAUUCUAAGCGACUUGCUUCUAAGACACGAUGA